CGCCACCUGCUUCAAAAAUAGCUGGAGGCAACCUGCUUUCCGCCUGCCCAAAUGGGUCUGUGUCCUCUACCCAUCACCACAGCAUCGAGUGCUUCUUGCCAUCUUUCUUCUUUAACUGCCUCUCUCUGGGCCCAUGGGGCGUCCACUUAACCACCUUCUGGGCUGCACAACCUGUAUCUUCCUGUUGCCUGGGCUGUUGCCUCGUCCUCAGGAACUCUGCUGCUUUUCUUUGUACAGGGUUUAUAUGCGUGAUCUGGUGCAUGUCUGCCCUGUGCUCUUCAGCCAUGGGCCCCAGUUCCACAGGUAAUCUUGAUGGCCCAUUUUGGUGCUCUCCUCGGGAUUUGUGACUUGUACUCCACUUGGCAUACAUGGACCACCUGCCAGGGUCUGCUUUGAAUGCAGUUACCUGCUGCUCCUUCUUCCAGAUCCUCCUUGAGAUGUGCUCCUCCCCUGAUGCUGCUGCGAGGAGAAAGCAAGCUCGUGGUGGUUGAGCAAUGCUUAAAGUCCUGUAAUAUUGAGUGUCAGAAGAUUUAUCUACAUGAUACCACCGUUCUGGUGAGACGUGAACUGGUGAAAUAAUUUAAGAAAGUUUCAGCUGCUUGUUUUCAUCCCUAGGCACUCUUCUUGAAGUUUCUUUUCUAACACAGUUAGAUUUGCUGCUGAUUUGGCUUUACAAAGCAGACUUUCAUACGAUUGACAACUUUAAUUCAUACAACUGACAACUGAGGGGUGGUGAGCUGUGAAGGUGGUGAGUGAGGGGAGAGAACUUACGAAACAACAGCCUCUGUAACCACAUGCCUCAUUUGAGGUCUCUAAGAGCUUAAUUUUGUUUUAUCCUCAGACAAAAUGGAUUUGUCCCGUUCCUCUCUGCAAGGCACAGAGACUAGUUGCUUCACAUGCUUCUGUUUGAGGACAUAAAGUUGCUUUUUUUGUGUGUGUGUGUAGUUUUAUCCAUUUUUAACUUUCUUGUUCCUUGUCUCAUGAUGGAGCAUUUCUUCCCUGUAAAAACAUCAAAGUCGAGAACCAAAAAACUAACCAAUUCCAUUUUACUGUAAAUGCUGAACUCUUGAAGCAGUGAAGAGCAGCAGUACCGUAUUUGGCUGGGAUGAAAGGACUUGCAUCCUUAGUGUGCACUGUAGAGUGCAAUGAGCAAUGCCUCAGCUCACCCUCUGUCCUGAGAGACCAGAUCCUGGAGCCAAGUGGUGAUGCAAUCUCAAGGGUCAUCACGGCAGUUUCUGGAACCAGAUGUUUGGAGGAGGCAGUAAGCAGGGUUAAGAAAAAGUCCUUCCAGGAUAGCAAACGUGAGGGAGGGAGAUAAGGGGAUAGGAGAUGUGCUGCUUCUCCUUUAGUGGAAAGAGCACUUUGACUAGUGAUGCUAAGAAAUCAAAACUGUGGCUUCUGAGAGUAUCUGGAGGAUCAGAGUGUGCUGAAGCACCUCUGGAGCCAUGGAAAUCCCUAUAGUGAGACUGGCGUUAGCUAGAGAGAGGACAUUAAUUACAAGGAAGCCCAGUACAACUGAAGGAUACUGAGAAGAAUAUUCAAUAGACUUCAGUGGAGUUGGAAACUGAGCUUGAAGCACUUCUUAGCAUGCAGUACUGUACUCUUGUGAAGUCCAAGUACUUGUUUGAUAAAAUUAAACUGGUGUCUCUAGGCCAUUAUUGAAUUUCAGUAGUUUUCUAGUCUUCCUUGAGCAGAUCCAUCUUUUAAACCGGGGGCUGGAGAAUUAUAUAAUUAUGCUGCUAUUAGUAUUAUGGUAGUUACAGUAAGAACAAUCUGUUCAAGUGGAGGGUUUUAUAAUGGACUCUGGUGUUCAGAUGCUGGUCUAUUUUGCUGACUUCUGGACAAUCAGUCUUGAACCAAAAUCCUGUCAGCAAAGAUUGCUUUAUUGCCAGGUCUCAUGUCCCAGUACUCCUGUGUGGAGGGUUAAGAGUUGCUUUUUCUCAGAAUAUACAGCUAUCUUUCUGUUACUGGAGAUGUGGCACCUAAAAUAACCAAGGCUUAGUCCACCAAAGAACUGGACAAGACACUUGACAGUACAGUACAAACAAUGAAACCCCAUGGAAAAAAUGGAGUCCAAAGGUACUGUGCUUCUGGGAGCUGAAUAUGUGAGCACCCACAGUGUUUCAAAAGCUGGAGGCAUCCACUUUAGUUUCUGUAUACAGCAGAUCAUAGCUACUGGCAUGAAGUACUUUAGUUUUCUAUAAGAGCAUAUAGGAGAAGACACAUGUUUUCUUUUUGACCACAGAUGUUUCUGGUCAGUUGAGACCUAGCAAGGUCUGGCACACAAUCCUGAGGCUUGUGGUUGACAUGAUAUACAUCAUAUGUCUGCCUUCAGAGGGAAGGGGAAGGCAAUGCCUUGGUUUCUCAGCUGUGCUCUCACCCUUCCCUGGCCAGUCUUACCUUAGCCUUGUGUCGAUUCACCCUUUAGCUGCCUUUUUCCUCCCCAUUCAGUUUUCUUCCUGCACCUAUUAAUGGUGUGUGGAUGGCAGCUCUGGAAGUCAAAUGGACAUUGUGGUGGCACCCUGUUGAGAGUGGUCACCUUAUCUCUGCUCACCUCCCUGUUGAAACAGAGAAAGAUACUUAGCACAGAGCCUGUCCCUCCUGUAGUCUGACCUUACCUGAGGAGUAACUGAGUGGAUGGCUUGUUCUGACUGAUUGUGCUGGCAGCAAGUCAGUGGCACCUUGUGGCCAGUUGCCUUGAAGCUACAGAGGAAACACAUAGCAUGAGCUAUUGCUGUUUUACAUUAGUACUGCAGGCCAGUAGCUCUUGAUGAAGGUCAUGGAAGAAUGUGGUGUUCUGUCCUUGAAACUUGAAUGGAAGCCGAUAUGGGCCUGCUUGCAUUCAAACCACCUUGUACUGUGACUCCGCCAGAAAUUCCUGCUGACACUCUCCUAGCUUGCAGCCCCUGAUAACACCAAGACAUCCUUCAUGUGGGAGAAAUGCUGAGCCCUGUCUGCCUUCUGGUACAUCCUACUUCACUUUCCCUGCUGCUCAGCUUUGUAGGAUAAUCUUCUCUUCCUAUGGUUAUCCAAAGCAUAGUCCUGCUUUCCCUGAGCUAGUCACAUGUCAGUUGUAGACAGAUAGUAGGUUUUGGUGUGUCUCCUUACUUCUGUGGGUGCUUGCAAGUCAAAAGUAAUUUGGGAUCUUGAAGUGUUUUGAGGUACUGUGACCCCAAUGUGUUGUGAUGCCUGUGCCCUGCAGAUGGCAGGUAAGCCUAGUACUUCAGAAGCGUGGGGCCUGUUCAUUUGUCCCUAGCUGGAGCGGAGAGAGUUUGGCCCUCAGUGUGGAGUGGGGAAUGGAAGUCACACUGGAUUUUAAUCUGCUGUGCAGAAGCGAUUCCAAUUUGAAUUGUCACUUUGUGUUAAAGCAUCUGAGUGAUGGGUAAAUAUGUUACUGCAUGGGUGUUGUGGGAUAACUUUAGGCAGAGGAGAUGAACAUCUCUGUGUGAGGGGAAAAACAGGAGCUUCUGCUCUGUCCUCCUCCCGUGUAACCAUGGGGAGAGGUCUCUUGAAACCUGUGCCUUAAUGAGAGUGUGGGGUAUCAUGCAUCCAGUGGCCUCUUGCCAGUGUCUUUCAGAAGAGAACGUUAGGACUGGUGAAAUGCCCUCUCUUAGUGGUGAGUAUCUUUCUGGCUCCUUGAAAGUCCAGAUGUGAUUUCAGGAUGGUAUAAAUCAACUGUUCACUUGAUAUAAUGGCAAAGUAAAAUGGUAACAGGUGCCUGGAGAUAACUCAUAGAAUACUACUUCUAGCUUUCCUCCUUCUCUGAAAGCCCUUCCCCUGCAUGGUAGAGACAUGUCUUCUUCAUGCAAGGAAAUAUCAAUGGGAUCGCUUACAAAAAGAAGCCUUCAGCUUCUCUUGCCAAGACUGAAUGUUGCUGAGGCAGUCUAAAACUGCAUGUUCGCUAACGAGCUUUGUCUUAACGUAGCUGACUGUCUCUACUCCUCCUGGCUUUUUCUUCUCAUUGAACACUGAGGCUUUUCUGGCUGUUGUUUUUAACCUGGCAGCAACUUGAUCACUCUUCCAGAGAUCGAGUUGACUUUUUUUCUCCCUCCUUACUCAGAACUGUUGGAAGGGAAAUACCUCUUCUUGCUGUUUUCUGUGUUCCUGUUAACUGAUAGCUGCCUUGUGGCAAAGCAGCUGGGUGCUUUUAUGACAAGCUGAGAUGUCUCCCUGACUGGGUACCUCCUUUCUCAUUUCCACCAUGUGUAAGUAGUCUGGAUGGGGAAGGUAGGUUGUAACGUCAUCUUCCCCUGCUGGCCUUUGUCUCCAGUUAGCUACCACUCAAAGACACAUCUUUCACUGCAGCACUGAUCAGAAGUAUGAGGAGGAAUAUGCGACUGGUGGUUUGUAGCACCUCAGCUCAACCAAGGGUGCAGGAGCACUCUCCACUCCCCAGCAGCGGAAUCCCUGGCAUGUGAGAAUGGAGGUGGUUCCCAGGGAAGAGGUUUUGAAGAGGGCACAGCUUGCUUCUUUGCUUCCUCCUUUUAAGGGGAAAUAGGUUCGUGUUCCUACUCCCUAACAAAGGCAACUGAGCAGUGAAGAGUGCCUCCUGGGACAUGUCAGCAGCAAAACAGCAGAGGGUACUGUGGGGCAGCUUGCUUUGGCGGGGAGGGCUGUGUGCACCCAGCUCCCCCAAACACAGGCUGCGAUAAGAGGGAGGCAACACAGUCAUGCUUGGGCUGAGUUUUGCCAGUGAGUGAAGAGCUGCACAGCCGUAUGCAGAAGGAAUCUGACAGAUAUCGAUGUAUUUAAAUGUCAAGUGAAGAAAAUAUGCUUUACUUCCUAAAAUCGUGUGUCCCGCUAUGUUGACAUGGCACACCAUGCCCCAGAAAGUGAAGCGGUCUGUUGCAUGCCCAGAGUUAAGACCUUUUGUCUGGGAAUUUCCCAUGGCAUGUGGAUUAUCACAGCCAUCUGGGAAGAUGAUGUGUCUUGUGUGACUCCUUCAGCACCUGUCCUUUGUCCUGGGUCGACAUUUCUGUGUCCUCUAGGAACUGGAGUGAAACCAGCAUUACCCGGCAGCUGUUGGGAUUGCCUUAUUGGAGCAGGCCAGCUAUUCAUCUCGCCUGAGCUUCGGUGUCUGAGAGAGAGUGACUUGAUGUCUGGAGGAUGAAGAUGAGACGCCAUAAGCUCUUUCUGACUCUCUGCAUGGCUGGUCUCUGCCUCAUCUCCUUCUUGCACUUCCUCAAGGCCCUUUCCUAUGUCACCUUCCCCCGGGAGCUGGCUUCGCUUAGUCCCAACCUUGUCUCCAGCUUCUUCUGGAACAAUGCCCCCGUCACACCUCAGGUCAGCCCUGAGCCAGGGGGUGCAGAAUUCCUCCGCACACCCUUAUACUCCCACUCCCCCUUGCUCCAGCCCCUGUCUCCCAGCAGAGCCAGCGAAGAGCUGCACAAAGUUGAGUUUGUGCUGUCAGAAGACACAACAGAAUAUUUUGUCCGUACCAAAGCUGGUGGUGUUUGCUUUAAACCAGGCACCAAGGUGUUGGAGAAGCCUCCUGUGGGAGCACAGCCGGAGGAACGAGUGGAUGGUGCAGCCUCUGGGCGGCUGGGUCGCAAGCCGUUGAGUGCCAACGGGACCAAGCGUCGCAAGUGGGUGGAGUGUGUGUGCUUGCCAGGCUGGCAUGGCCCUAGCUGUGGGGUCCCCACUGUGGUCCAGUACUCCAACCUGCCCACCAAGGACCGCCUCGUGCCACGGGAGAUUCCUCGGCGGGUCAUCAAUGCUAUCAAUGUCAACCAUGAGUUUGACUUGCUGGAUGUCCGCUUCCAUGAACUGGGAGAUGUGGUGGACACCUUUGUGGUGUGUGAGUCAAACUUCACAGCCUAUGGAGAGCCUCGACCCCUCAAGUUUCGUGAGAUGCUUCUCAACGGCUCCUUUGACUACAUCCGCCACAAGCUGCUCUAUGUCUUCCUGGACCACUUCCCCCCAGGUGGCCGCCAGGAUGGCUGGAUUGCUGAUGAUUACCUGCGCACCUUUCUCACUCGUGAUGGCAUCUCUCGCCUCCGCAACCUGCGCCCAGAUGACGUCUUCAUCAUCGAUGAUGCUGAUGAGAUCCCAGCUCGUGAUGGCGUGCUCUUCCUCAAGCUGUACGAUGGCUGGACAGAGCCCUUUGCCUUUCACAUGCGCAAGUCACUCUAUGGCUUCUUCUGGAAGCAACCAGGCACCUUGGAGGUGGUCUCAGGCUGCACCAUGGGGAUGCUCCAGGCUGUCUAUGCUACUGAUGGGAUCCGUCUGCGGCGCCGUGAGUACUACACAAUGCCUGGCUUUCGGCAGUAUGAGAACAGCACAGGACACAUCUUGGUGCAGUGGUCGCUGGGCAGCCCCCUCCACUUUGCUGGCUGGCACUGUUCCUGGUGUUUUACCCCAGAGGGGAUCUACUUCAAACUGGUGUCAGCCCAGAAUGGGGACUUCCCUCGCUGGGGUGACUACGAGGAUAAACGAGACCUCAAUUAUAUCCGAGAGCUGAUCCGGACUGGUGGCUGGUUUGACGGUACUACGCAGGAGUAUCCCCCUGCUGACCCCAAGGAGCAGAUGUACGCUCCCAAGUACCUGCUCAAGAACUAUCAGCGGUUCCGCUACUUGUUGGAGAACCCCUACCGAAAAGCAGAGGGUACUGGGUGAGGCCACCAGGGCUCACUGGGGAAAUCAGAACUUCACAGCAAAGGGAAAAAGUCGGGUGUUUUUGUCUGUUCCUUUUUUUUUUUCCUUUGGUUCUGGGUGGGGUGUGCCAUUUCUCCAGGGUCUCUGCCCUCCCUCCUUUCCUUCUCUUCUUCCCUUCAUCCCAGUGUGAUGCCUUGGGACACAAAUUCCUUAGUUGUGUGAAGGGCUGGAGGAGGAGAGAUGUUGGACACCUACUCUGGCAGUGACAUAAAGACUUUCCUGCAUCUCCCAGACCUUUCCUGCUGGCUGGAGACACUCUCUGCAGCCAGCUGGCUGAUUUCCCUCUGGGGGAGGCUGAGAGGGUCCCAUGGGAGAAAGGGCAGCUGUUCCCAUCCACCCUUGUCCUUUGUGGAUUGGAGCAAGCACAGAUGUGAGCCUGGGCUAUUGAGUGAGUGUGUGAGUCAGCAGGCACAAACCGAUGUGAGUGGUCACGUGUGAAAAUGUGUGUCACAGGCAUUUUUUGGAUCAGUGAAUGUGCAAAAGCAUCUCAGUAUGCAUUUAUUUUUUGUAUACCUCUAUAUUCAAACACUAUUUUGGGAAAGGGAAAUCCUUUGCUUCCAAGGUGUUUUCCCCACGGUGCAGCCUCCUCCUGCAGGCUUAGUGCAUCUGUCCUGGGCUGCAUCUUGCCCUGAUGCUCCAAAAGUCAUGGAGCAGGGAGACGGGAAGCAGAGGAGAAAGCUGAUUUUUUUUUUUUUUCUUUAACUUUUGCCACCCCUGCCCCCACAACAAUGCACUGACUUGGCCCACAGAAGCUGAAGCAUCUUCCUUGCAGUUCAUGCUUCUCUUGGGGCUGGGAUAAGCUGCAGGGGACUUAAUCAGAUGGUAGGAGUGUAUGUUUACAAGUGCAUGGUUUCCUAUGUGCAUGAGUGCUAACAUGCAUGGUUUUGGUAUGCAUGUGGGCGUUCGUUACCAGUAUUUUGGGGGAAGGGGAUAUAGUUGGGUUUGGGUGUGUGUGCUUUCAGGAAAUGGUGGGAUCCAGAAGCUGUGAUCUCUGUGUCGGCAUGGAUGACUUCUUGGGGAAUUCAUAAGCGUGGGACAGGGAGACCAUUGGCUCUGCAUAGCAGUGCUACACACUGGGGACCGUUGUGUGCUUCUCUGGCUGCUUCUGCAACUCUGUGGGCUGCGCCUGUUGCAGGGUUACCGGUUACACCCUGCAGGCUUUUCCUUCUUGCUGUGGGGUUAAAGGGAGAGGAGAAGGGCAAAGUUCUGAGUCAGAUGGGUGCUGUGAGGACACAUAAAGCCUGUCAAGGGACAGGAUCCAUCUGUCUGCUCUUAGGGUGUGAGGGAGCUUGUGGAGAAACAGGCCAUGGGCAGACUCCCCCUGGGGCGAAGAGACUGUUUUGGGACCAAUGCAGAGAGCAUAUGCAGCCCACACAUGCAGCCUUGGCCAUGCAUACGAGACCAUGCCAAGGAGAGGGAAUCUAGGAGGACACUGGUUGCAGCUGGUUGGGCUGUUGUCUGCUCAGUUUGCCAGUGAUGAGUAGUUAGGAUUGACCUGUUGUUGUAUUGGAUUGAUUCAGCUCAUCGAGGAGGCAGAUACAUAUCUGUACCCUUACCACCCUUCCUUAGCAGGUGGCUUAAUGGGGUGCCCAGUUCCUGGGCUGUAGCAGGCAGAGAGUAAAAAACAUGGUGAACUUGCUCUGUUAGCCUUGCAGUGGGCAGACUGGGUCACACUCAAAGCCCAGAAGUUGGGAUCACGUGGAGGAGGAGCUAAAUGUUAAUAUAAGGAAGAGUGACCCUCACAUUAGGCCAGCUGUGCUGAAGCAGGAGGGUUUCUGUUGCCCUUAACUCACUCUGUCAGGACUCUAUAUUCCUGUGUUGUUCAGCCCACUCCCACCCUUGUGCCUCAUUCCUUUCUCUGUAUCUCUUUCUCACUCCUAUUCCUCUCUAGAGAAGAGAAAAACAUCAAAAAAUGGGCUUUGGUGGACCUGCAGUAGGUGAGCUUGCUGAAGCAGGAGGGAACAGGGCAUUUUGGUUGUCUUUGGCCCUCUGGAGGAUAAUGCUGUACCCAGGUGAUAGACAGAAAAGAUGGGGUGGGCAUGUGCCUGUGUGGUUGGUAUGAAGGACAACAUGCUUGAGUCCAUUCUCACUGUUGCUUUCUCUGAUCUCUGCAUCCUGCUGAGGGGUUUGCUGUCAUGCAGCUCAGAUCAGCCUGUGCUUCGUGUCUUUGUGCCAGGUAAACUGAGGGGACCUUGUGGCCUCCAGGCAAUGUACAAGUCAGGAUGGAGGGAGAGUGUUGAAGCAGAAUGGGUAUUUGUUUCCCUCUGCGCUACCUUGGUGUAUCCUUGUGGGAUGGUAGCGUCUCUUUCCCUCCCAAACAUCCCCCAGGCUUUGUCCCUGUCUCCCAGCCAGCAAUCUCCAUGGCUGCUAUGCCUCCGCACUGUGAAGACAUGAGUCCAGGGUCACUCCUGGUCCAAUUAGUGAACACUGGUAAGGAGAGAAGGGAUGGCUCGUCCUGGCUUCACUGACCUCAAACCUUGGUGAAAAAGGAGGGAAAUGAGAGGGAGAAUGGAUCCCAAGUCCCUCCAUUGUUGUGUUCUCUCCAUCCCCCCAAAAAACCUCCCUUCUGAUUUCUGAGAUGUUGGACAGACCUGCUCGUAUGGAAACAGAGGGGAGCUGGAUGUAAAGAGGUGACAAGAAGGGCUUGGAUCCAGCAUCAAGAAAGAAGAGCUGUUUCUAAUGCAAUACAUUGACAUUUAAAACUUUGGGGACUACAGAUAAUGGCUUAAGAAGGGAUCUAAGAUUUCAAACCACUGGGUUUUUCCUUCCUGUGCAGAUGAUGAUGCAGUGUCAUCCUGGAGGUGGUCCAGCGGCACUUCUGAGCCUGGGGUACACCUGGACCUACUUGUGACGUUGCCUCUGGGCUGUCCCCAGAACACCCUGCUUUGGCAAAAGAACACAUGGACUUGCCAAAUAUGAAAUAAAAAGGGGGGAAAAA